AUGGAAGAAGAUGAGAGGGAGGCUUUCUUUUCAAAGAACAUGGCGCUUUCUUCAUCGGAACAUUCAAAUCACGAGUCCCCUAUUGAAUUGAAGAGUUACAGUUCAGGUCUCAAUUGGGUAUUUCUUGAUUAUUCUAGUCUAUGGAAAGCUGGGUUUUCAUGGUCAAUCUUUUUUCUGCUUAAUAUCGGUGUACCGCUUGUAUCCCACUUUGUUUUCUCUUGUUCAAAUUGUGAUGCAAAGCACCAGAGACCUUAUGAUACGAUUGUGCAAUUAUCUCUUUCAUUAUUCACUGCACUUUCUUUCUUUAGUCUUUCUUCUUUUGGGCGUAAAUAUGGGCUCCGAAAAUUUCUGUUUCUCGAUAAAGUGGCUAAUGAGAGUGAUAAAGUUCGGGAAGGAUAUACUGAGCAACUCCAUAAAUCAAUGAAGCUUCUAUCAGCUUUUGUUCUCCCCUGUUUUCUUGCAGAUAGUGUGUAUAAAAUAUGGUGGUUUGCCUCAGGUGGAACCCAAAUUCCAUAUUUGUACAAUAUCUACAUUAGCAGAAUUGUAAUUUGCAUAUUGUUGAUGAGUUCGUGGCUAUAUCGUACAUCCAUUUGCUUUCUGGUUUGUGUCAUUUUCCGGCUCACCUGUUAUCUGCAAAUACUCAGACUGGAGGAGUUUGCUCAGGUUUUCAAUAAAGAAUCUGAUGUUGCUACUAUCUUGUUAGAACAUCUCAGGAUCAGAAAAAACCUUCGUGUUAUAAGCCAUCGUUUUAGAGUAUUCAUUUUGUCGACUCUGAUUCUUGUGACGGUGAGUCAGUUCGCUUCCUUGCUCAUCACGACUGAACCUAGCUCCCCAGUCGACGUUUUCACAGCCGGAGAACUUGCGUUAUGCUCCAUCACCCUAGUAACAGGGCUUUUUAUAUGCUUGCGUAGCGCAGCUAAGAUCACACACAAAGCGCAGGCUGUUACAUCUCUUGCAGCAAAGUGGCAUGCUUCUGCCACUAUUGAGACCUUCGAUGGUUUGGACGAUGAAACUCCUACAGCCCAGAUUGCUUCAGCCAGGGCGACAUAUUGUGCUACUGCUGAUUGGGAUACAGAUAAUGAAGAAGGAGAUGGAGAUGAUGAAUUGGAUAACACAAACGUGGUGCCAGCUUAUGCAAAUACUAUGUCCUACCAGAAGAGACAAGCCCUGGUGACAUAUUUUGAACACAACAGAGCUGGAAUUACUGUGUACGGUUUUAUGCUGGAUAGGACGUGGCUCCAUACAAUUUUUGCAAUUCAGCUUUCUCUUACACUCUGGAUAUUGAACAAGACAAUCGGUAUCUCGUGA